AUGGAUUCCAGUCAGGUGUUCGAAGUGACCGUUCACACCUCACCUGGCCCCACCUGUGGAACCUACAGCCGCCUUUGGCUGAGUCUGAUUGGCUCUCAGGCAGAGACUCCGCCCACCAGCGUGACUGAGGCCAACCAGUACCUCCUACCUGGAUCGGCGUGCCAGGUCCGGGUACGGGCCCGCUCUGCUCUGGGUCGUCUGGUUCUGAUCCGACUCAGGUUGGAGGCUCAGGCUGGUUUCCCUGACCUGAACUGGCAUUGCCGCUGGGUGGAGGUCUGCAGGUUGACUGAUGGACAGGUUGAGGAGGAUCGACCCCGUGGGAAGGGGGUGUGGCCUGUGGAUCCAGAGGUGGAGGUGUUCCUGUGUGACAGAUGGCUGCAGUCAACAGAUGGCGAUGUAGAGCUGCGAAGUGGGAAAUUGUGUUUGCUGCAGGAUGAGACCGAAGACAAACUGAAGCAGCAUCGAGUCUCACAGCUUCAGCGUCAACAGAAGCUCAUCAGAUGGAGUAAGUUUGUGGAAGGAGCUCCGCAGUGCGUGGACGUACAAAGUUUGGCGGAACUCGGGCCCAAUCUCACCUUCACCCACAAGAGUCCAGGAAUUAAUCUGCACUAUCUGAAAGGAUUUUCCAGCCAAGCAGACACCUGGACGUCUUUCACCCAACUGGAAACAUUUUUUGCUCACAACGGGAAGCAGAACGACACUGCUGGGUUUGUUCGAGCCCACUGGUUGGACGACUGGUUUUUUGGGUACCAGUGUCUGAACGGCUGCAACCCGCUGCUGCGUCAGACCCGCCUCCUUCCUCCACACCUGUCUGUCACAUCCAAUAUGCUCCGCCCUUUUCUGCCUGAAAACACCUGUUUGGAGGAGGAGCUUGAGAAAGGUAACGUGUACCUGCUGGAUUACGAGGUUCUGGACGGCGUUCCAGCAAACGUGACCAACGGGAAACAGACACACCUGCCAGCGCCGCUGUGCCUUUUCCAUCAGAACCAGCAGGGGGAGCUCCUGCCCAUCGCUAUUCAGUUACAGCAGACACCCGGCCCUCAGAACCCGGUCUUUCUGCCCUCUGACCCUGGUUGUGAUUGGUUGUUGGCUAAGAUAUUGGUUCGGUGCGCGGACUUCCAGUGCCACCAGCUGGGGUCGCACUACCUGCGGACUCACAUGCUGGGGGAGCUGUGCUGCGUGGCCACGCUGCGCCAGCUGCCAGAGCCCCACCCCCUGCACCAGCUACUGAUGCCACACGUGAAGACGUCACUGCAGAUCAACUUUCAGGCCAGAACGUCUCUGCUGGCUGCCGGUGGAGUCUUUGAUAAGGAGGUGGGCUGUGGACUCACGGCGUUACCCAUGAUGCUGUCCAGAGCAGCAGCCAGGAUCCGGUACCGGUCCCUGUGUGUGCCUGAUGACCUGGUGGACUGUGGCGUGGACAAGCUGUCGCAGUGCUACUAUGCUGAAGACGCGCUGAGGGUCUGGGACGUGCUGCACAGGUUUGUGGACAGCUGGGUCAAUUUGUGUUACCAUGGAGACAUGGAUGUGGAGCACGACUCUGAGCUUCAGAACUGGAUGACAGAGAUCAACACGCAUGGAUUCCCACACGGCUCAGGUUUCCCUCAGUGUCUUCUCACCAAAGCAGACCUCGUGAAGUUUGUCACCAUGAUCAUCUUCAGCUGUUCAGCUCUUCACGCCGCCAUCAACUUCUCACAGCUGGACUUCGCUCUUUGGAUGCCAGACUGUCCCGCCUUCAUGUGGGGUCCUCCUCCACAGACCAAAGGCUCUCUAACAGAGGACGACAUCUUGUCUUUCCUGCCGGAUGUAAAGUCGACGUGCCGCAUCCUCAUGACAUUGAGUCUGCUGUCCCAGCCCUCCACUGACUAUGUCCCUCUGUGUCACUACCGUGAGGCUGUUUUCAGAAACAGCACCCACCACAGGCUGGUGGAAAAGGUACAGGCUGAACUUGAGGCCCUUUCUGAUGACAUCACAGAGUCCAACCGUCACCGGGUGCUGUCGUACCCGUACCUUUGCCCCGCCCACAUCGAGAACAGUGUGGCCAUUUAAAAGUGACAUCAACUUCUUUAAAAAA